AUGACAUUGGCCGAUACUGUUGUGCUGCUGGGUAUACCCUUUUUGCACUACCUGUGGUUAAAAUGUGAUAAAUACCAAAAUCGAGAAGCUCUUGGCAACAUGUGUGCAGAUCUCUGUGAAUUAAACACUCUCAAGCCAAAUAACUGUCUUCCAAAUCAUGUGGGAAAAGAUGUCGUAUUUGAAGCUAUUUAUUUCAACGAUCAAGUGGUAGUGAAAUCCAGUAAACAAAAUUAUGAUGACUUUGACCAAGUUUUUUAUGUAGAUAGCGAAGGAAAUAAAGUCCAUCCAAACAUUGACAUAUUUUAUUCCAUGAUCUCCAAUACUAUACAAACAAACCUUGGAAUAACAUUAAAGCCUACUAGUAAUGAAUCAUUGAAUCUUCUAACUAAGUUAUGGACAAGAAAUAUGCUAAACUUUCCUCACCUUCCAGUUUCAAUUCAAAACAUAGCUAUGAGCAACAUUUGGUUUUUAGUCCAACAAAGUGAAUAUUUAUUAAUGAAAUAUUUUGAAGAAGUGAACAUAUUUCCCAAAGUUCUUGGCACUUGUGGGUUCUUUUACAUUGUUGAAUUUAUUCAACCACUUAAUAAUUAUUUUGAAAUAUUUUAUCCUUCUUGGCAAGAAAAUUUUACCAAAAGAGCAAGUUUUGCACUAAAAAUAAUCAAGUUUUUAGAAGACACUGAAAAAUAUUUCCCGCUCCUUCAUUUCUGUGAUAUUAAAGUUGGACAUUUUGGUUUGGAUAAAACUGACAACAUUAAACUGCUAGACAUGGAUAUGGUGUUCUUUGAGCCAUCACUCAUACAAAACAUGGUUUCUACAGAAAGUUGUUCAAAUAAUAAAGAUUGCUCUUUUCUGGACUGCAAAGGUUUGUGCAAUGUCACUAGUCAAAAAUGUGAAGCCAAAGUUCUGGAUAACAAUUUUCAGCGGGUGUGUGAAAAUGUAUUCGCAGGCAAGCUGAUGCCAUCAUAUUUUGGAUUACUCAGCUCACCACCAAAGACCGUUUCCAGAGAGCUUCAUAUUUUGCUACAAAGAUGUUCAGACACUUUAGAUAUGAAAGUUAUCAGCAUGAUCAACAAUGAGCUGAAAUUUUUACUAACUUCAGUUGUAAAAUGA